CUUGGGGAUGCAAAGAUGAAUAGCCUUGAGCAUACAGCCUAGUGGAGGGAGACAGAUAAGUACAAGGAAGUGUUGGGGGGGGGGUGCUAUAGUGGGAAAGUAUCAUACAGAGGCAAAGGGGAAAAGGGUCAGGCAGGAAAGGGAGCAUAGAGAAGGUGACACAAUCCGUAUUUUGAAAGAUGGGGAUUUGCCAGGUGGAAGGGAAAAAGGAUCCCAGAGGGAAGCAGAGCCUGUUUCUUGGGGGAACAGGGAAUAACAUGUGACUGAAAAACAGGGCAUAUGUCCUGCCAGAAUUGACAGGCAGGGGCAAGGACUGGUGGGUGUGUAGCAAGGAUGCUGUGUUAAGUAGCUUAUCUUAUCCUGAGAGCAGUGGGAAGCAAAGUGAGCAGAUCUGUAUUAGAAAGAUCACUCUGGCCGCACUGUAGAGAAUGAAUUGGUGGAGGCAGGACUAUUUAAAGACUUGUAAUAGUAUCUCAGGCAGAAUAUGAGGAAGGCUUGAACUGGGCAAUGGUGGCUGGAGAUUAGGACAUGGAUUUGAGAAAGUUUAAGGAAGUAGAAUCUGCUGCACUUGGUUGCCAUUUGAGUGAAAAGAAAGGGAAGGUGGGACUUCCCUGGUGUUCAGUUGUUAAGAAUCCGCCUUCCGAUGCAGGGGACUCCCGGCUCCAUCCCUGGUUGGGGAACUAAGAUCCCACAUGCUGGGGCAACUAGGCCCCUGGCGCUCUGGAGCCUGCAUGCCACAACUAUAGAGAAGCCUGCAUGUCACAACUAUAGAGAAGCCCACAGGCGGCAACAAAAGUUCCCACAUGCUGCAACUAAGACCCCACACAACCAUAAAUAAAUUAAACGAGAAAAAAAAAAAAGGGAAGGUGUCAAAAAUGUUUCUUGGGUGUCUGGCUAAGAGACAGAUGUAAUUCACUAAUUGGAGGUGUUACCUGCUAUACCAGAUAGGUGUGCAGAGUGCCAUGGAGGGGUGCUUAUCGUUCCGCCCAUGGCUGGUGGGAGAUGACACGUGAAUCCAGAAAUCAUUCCGUCUGGGGAUCAUUUUCCUAAACAGAAGAUGGGAGGAAAAGAGGAGCUGAGGAUUUAGAGUUGUUCCCCUUUGUCAUUUACCUAUCACACCCCUGGUUCAUCCCCAAGUGUCUUGCCUAAAUUUCCCGGGGGAAGUCCCGGAAGCCGGGCUUCCUUCCCACCCGGCGGAAGGCUCCGAGGGGAAGCCCGCUGGGCCACUAGAGGGCGCGGAGUGGGCCGCAGAGACCCCAGAGCCGCGUUAUGGCGGCGGCGAGGGUGCUUCUCCUGUCCGGACGGCCGGAGUCGGUGAGCUUCGCGCAGAGCGUGUGUGGCCUCCUGGGCGCCGGGCCGGGGCUCGGGCCGUGGCCCACGUACUGCGGCCUCAAGCGGGGAGAACUCGUCCUCUCGGACAGGCCGUUCCCAGGCGCCUCCGCCAGGCUUCCGCUCCAGCGACCCCCUUUCUGCCCUUUUUCGGCCCUGGAUCAGCAGCCCAGGGCUCCUGGGGCCGAGCUGCCCACGAAUCGAGGUGUGGAUCUGGCUGUGGCGGUCGUUCUGCAGUCCAGCGAUCAGACUGUCUUGCUGACCCGAAGGACACAAACUCUCAACGUUUCCCCCAACCUCUGGGUACCCCCAGGUGGGCACGUGGAGCCUGAUGAAGAGCUGCUGGACGGAGGACUUCGAGAGCUUUGGGAGGAGAGUGAACUACAGCUGCCCCAGGGCCAGUUCUCUGGGGUCCCUCUGGGGUUAUGGGAGUCUGCCUACCCUCCUAGGCUGAGCUGGGGUCUCCCCAAAUACCAUCACAUCAUUCUCUAUCUACUUGUCAUUUCCCAGGAGUCACAGCAGCAGCUACAGGCCCGGAUCCAACCAAACCCAAGAGAGGUGAGCGCCCUUAUGUGGCUGGGACCAGAUGUAGCAGCUGCGGUGGCUGCCACAGAGGAUGGGACAGAGACACCCAGACAUCUUCCCCAGGACCUACCGCCUUCUGUCCUUGCGGUGGAACUAGAAGAGAAUGGAGGAGCUCGACCUCUGGUCUUGCCCACGUCCACACUGCUGCGGACGACCCCAGCCACGGCAGAUAGCAAAGAGAGGGUCAGCACUGGGACCAAGUUUGCCCUCAGGCUCUGGCUACAGCAUCUGGGCAGAUUCAGCCUAUUUCUUCAUACCCUUUGCUUCCAGGUAGAGCUGGGAUAGCAGCUGAAGUGACAGGACAGUGCUUCUUCGUCGGGGGCAGGUCCUCCUCGUCUGAUGAGC